AUGCAUAUCGUGUCAGUUGUAACCCUGCUCCUGGGCAGCAUAUUCGCCUACACUCUGGCGGCGCCACAGUUCGUACCCAACUAUUAUCCUGUUAAUAUGGCGGCACUGACUACUGCUCUGUCCCAGUUGGCCCAUCAGCUGGCACAGCAGACAAAUUCGACUGUUCGAGUUGGCAACAAUUCGGUGAUCGUUUCGGGCAUUUCAAACUCCAUUGCGAAUGCAAAUGCUGAUCCACAUAGGCACCAGGGUGUGAAUCCUGGCUGGAAUCCUGGCUGGUAUCCUGGCUGGAACGGUGUGUGGCGCGGAGUUCCCGAGUAUGAUAAUCUGCCUGAAGAGUUUGAUUUAGAAGGAAGCGAUGAAGAUUACCAGGGUAUUGUCGAGGAGGAGGAGCCAAUUGGGGAAGAAGAGUAA